AUGGCACACGUUGAUCCAAAGAGAGCUGAUUUAGUGGUUCCAUACAAAGCUAUUCCACGAUCUCAAGAUGAUGUGGGGAUUACUACAGUUAGCACCGUCGUUUGUAUGGCUGCUUUGUUUUUAAGAAUCAAGUUUAUCGCUUGGGCCGCUUUUAUCCUAGCUGCAUCAAAUAUGCUCAAUUCUGCCUCUUCACCAAACUCUUCCCCCAUGUCUAUGGCCUUCUUGGGUCUUGCCUCUUUGAUUUCUACCUAUCUUCCCUAUUUCUUAAACACACCUCAAUCGCCUUAA